AUGAGUUCUUCAACUACACAAGACACACACACAUCCCAGGGGUCGCCUGUGUACACUACUAGUUAUGGAACAACAACCUAUGGCUACCCCUUGGAACAAACCGUCACCACCACCACCACCGCUACCCCUGAAAAUACCGUCAUUGGUUACCCUUGUCAUGUUCAAGUCCCAGUUAAUGAUGUCAAUACUUAUACCACUACCGCCGCCAAUGAACUUGACCACGAGCCACCCCAAGGAAAUCAAGUUUCCAGCGCAGAGUCAUGCUGCGUCAUAUGCAUAUUCUUUGCAAUCUUCAUUUUCGUUGGCUGUAUCGCUGCCAUGUCAAUUGUAAGGGGCAGGUACGACGAUCACAGUCCCAAGUUACGAGUUGACUCGGUCUCUGUUUCUCCGUUCAACGUCUCCAACUCCCAACUCAACGCAAAGUGGUUGAUUCUUUUUUACCUAGAAAACCCUAACCGGGUCAGCAGUCUUGCCUAUGAAAACCUCCAGGUUUCGGUUAAUUAUCAGAAUCAGACUGAAUCUUUCUCUGGAACAGUUUUUCCACCCUUUCUUCAAUAUAGCAAAAACCAGACCUCAUUAAACGGGAAAAUCAACGUCUUAUCAGAGAAGUUAAACGGUUCGGCUGCGAACGCUAUUGCUCUGGACAUAGGGCGUGGUGAGAUUGGUUUUGAUGUGCAGUUGCAUGGUGUAAUGAGGUUGAUUGUUUCGUCUUCAACUCUAAAAACGUUCUUCGUCGAUGUUCUCUGUGGCGGUGUCAAAGUGGUGUUGCCGGCUAAUUUAUCGGAGGGGGGUUCAAUGGUGGACGGUCCAACGCAAUGUGCAGUCUACAAGAGGCCGUAUCAUGAUCACGACUACUCGAUUGAUUCAUAUGGCUACACCUUGGAAGAAACCACCACCAACACCACCACACCUACAGCCACCACUGCUACUGCCGCCACCACAACAGUCGCCGGAUACCCUCGUGUAUUGCAAGCCCCGCCUUCUUACACUCCACCCCGAGAUUACAAUGCCAUAUUUUUUGUUACAUUCCUCGUACUCGCCACGUCACCUAUUUGGCCUGGGAGACAGCUUGCGCGAUUGCGGCUGACGUUAAAACUCCUAGGUUCCGAGUCGACUCCAUCUCGGAUUCGCGGAAUCUCUUACGACAGCAUCGACGCUUCGGUUUUCUACAAGAAUGACUCUCUAGGCGGGGCAAUCUUUGCACCCUUUCGACAAGCUUCCAAGAACCAUACAUCGUACGUUGGGAACGUCGACACCUUGUCGGAGAAGUUAAACAGUACGGUAGCCACCGCCAUUGCUCGGGACAUGGCGGAGGGAGAGGUUGAUUUUGAUGUCAAGUUACAGGCUAGAAUGAGGUUCAUUGCAUGGCCUACGCCACCUGUGUACUUGCCAAUAUUUUUUGUGGCAGCAUAA